AUGGGGAUAAUGGAUGGGAGCUCUUCUAAUGAUGAAAAUGAUGAUUUGGUAUAUGAAGAUAGUGAUUUGACAUCGAGACAUGUUAGUCAAGCUGCAGGAGCUGAAGAUCUUAUCCAUUAUACUAAAGCAGCAAGAAAUUCAGGUAAAGUUAACAAAGGAAAAGACAUUGCUUCCACCUUCGUCUCCGCAAACCUGCUAAGACAUCUUCGUGCUCGCGGACCACAUGGACCACCUACACUUGUGGAUCAUGAAGAUAGUGAUGUUGAGAUGGAAAGGGGUUUUAUGAGAGACGCAAGGAAGGGAACAUCUAAUGCUAGCAUGCCUACAAUUGUGUCUUUGGAUGAUGAAGACAAUGAUGAUACGAUGGAAAAGGAAGUUUAUGGGAGAUGA